GCCUAUAUAUUCAUCCUCCUGCCAUCAUCAUGUAUUCGACAAAAACAGAUAUCGGAAGUAAGUAAACGGAGGCGGCUUCGAAAUUAGGAGGAAGCAGAUCGCUAAUCUGUCUCUUUAUCGAUCGAUACGCUUCGUUGCUUGUGUCCGGAUCUCCUUGCAGGACGUUCAAAUCAAUUAUAAUUUAGCCAUGCUAUCAGAGGCGCUUUACGAUGCUGAGCAGAAGGCUAGAGAAGAAGCAGUCGCUAAAUUUCAGAAAGAAAUGCUUAUGAAGGGGAAGGGGAAGGGGAAGGAGAGGAAGGAGCAAGAAUUACAGGCAUUAGCAGCAAAGGCACAAUCUGAUGAGAAAACUGGUGUGGCUCCCCCAUCUGCCAUUCCAAUUGCAUCUGAGAAUGGUGUGAUUGAUGGUGCCAGUAUGACAGGGGAUUAUGAAACAGUGAGGAGGGAUAAGGACAUGCCAAAAGAGACAAGGGAGGAAAGGGAAGAGCAGGUACGGCGGGAGGAAAUUUGUGAAGAGCAACCUCAAGAGAGGGAGAGGGAAAGAAGGUUAGAGGAGGCCGAAGAUGCUGCAAUGGGAAAAAGGCGUAAGAUUACAAGAGACAGGGAAUGUGAUAUUAGUGAGAAGGCUGACCUUGCCGUGGCUUCAGCUGGAGCUGCAAGAGGUGGACAUAAUAAGAUUACAAUGUUUGAUCGAAGUUUGUUCGUGUUGGAUCAAACCUUGUCUAGGCCAAGGAUAGAUGCUGAUGAUAUAGAUAUGUCUGUAGGUGGGUUUGUGGACAAUGAUGCUGAAGGAGCUGAUGAUCCAUUUGGUUUGGGGUGGUAUGGAGUUUGAGUUGAGGUUGAGGUAGAGGUAGAGGUAGAGGUAGAGGUAGAGGUAGAGGUAGAGGUAGAGGGAAGGGCAAGCGCUGGGCCUGAUAGCUAUCUUGGUUCUUACUUAACUUAGCUUCACCUCCUAGUCCUUAAAUAAUAAGUUUGAUGCUUGAUGUAAAUCUCCCAGUGUUUCUUUGUAAUCCCUUAUAUUUAGCAUGAUAAUGAAGCAAUUGAGACCAAAAAAGGGGUGUAGUCAAUAGUGACAUCCUGUUCAAAAUCCAAUGAAAUUUUGUUCGAGUCCAGAACUGUA